GCUGGGGCGGGGUCGGGCGCUCUAUAAGUGGUCGAUAGGCGGGCGCUCCGCCCUAGACUCUAAGGAUCAUGUCUGCGAGCCAGGAUUCUCGAUCCAGGGACAAUGGCCCCGACGGGAUGGAGCCUGAAGGCGUCAUCGAGAGUAACUGGAAUGAGAUCGUGGAUAGCUUCGAUGACAUGAACCUCUCAGAAUCCCUCCUCCGUGGUAUUUAUGCCUAUGGUUUUGAGAAGCCCUCUGCCAUCCAGCAGCGAGCUAUUCUUCCUUGUAUCAAGGGUUAUGACGUGAUUGCUCAAGCCCAGUCUGGGACUGGGAAAACGGCUACAUUUGCCAUAUCAAUCCUGCAACAGAUUGAGUUAGACCUAAAGGCCACUCAGGCUUUGGUUCUGGCGCCCACUCGUGAAUUGGCUCAGCAGAUACAAAAGGUGGUCAUGGCGUUAGGAGACUACAUGGGCGCCUCUUGUCAUGCCUGCAUUGGGGGCACCAAUGUGCGCGCUGAGGUGCAGAAGCUGCAAAUGGAGGCUCCCCAUAUCAUCGUGGGCACCCCUGGCCGGGUGUUCGACAUGCUUAACCGGAGAUACCUGUCCCCCAAAUACAUCAAGAUGUUUGUGCUGGAUGAAGCAGAUGAAAUGUUAAGCCGUGGGUUCAAGGACCAGAUCUAUGAUAUAUUCCAAAAGCUUAACAGUAACACACAGGUAGUUUUGUUGUCUGCUACAAUGCCUUCUGAUGUCCUUGAGGUGACCAAGAAGUUCAUGAGAGACCCCAUUCGGAUUCUUGUCAAGAAGGAAGAGCUGACUCUGGAGGGUAUCCGCCAGUUCUACAUCAAUGUGGAACGAGAGGAGUGGAAGCUCGACACGCUGUGCGACUUGUAUGAGACGCUCACCAUCACCCAGGCGGUAAUCUUCAUCAACACCAGAAGGAAGGUGGACUGGCUCACUGAGAAGAUGCAUGCCAGGGAUUUCACUGUGUCUGCCAUGCAUGGAGAUAUGGACCAAAAAGAACGAGAUGUGAUCAUGAGAGAGUUCCGGUCUGGUUCCAGCAGAGUAUUAAUUACCACUGACCUGUUGGCCCGUGGCAUCGAUGUGCAGCAGGUCUCCUUAGUCAUCAACUACGACCUUCCCACCAACCGGGAGAACUACAUCCACAGAAUUGGUCGAGGCGGCCGGUUCGGCCGUAAGGGUGUGGCUAUUAACAUGGUGACAGAGGAAGACAAGAGGACCCUUCGAGACAUCGAGACUUUCUACAACACCUCCAUUGAAGAGAUGCCCCUCAAUGUUGCUGACCUCAUUUGAGGGGCUGGCCUGCAACCUGGCACUAGCCAGGAUUCAGUCCUGGGGGGCUGAGGAACAGCUGGAGGGGGGGGGAAGGGAGCCAAGGGAUGGACAUCUUGUUUUUGUUUUUUGUUUUUUCUCUCUCUCUCUUUGAAUAAAUGUCACUUUUUGAGGCAAAAAGGAGCCGUUGAACAUUUUAGACACCCUUUUCUUUGGGGUAGGCUCUGCCCCAGGCGCCGUCUCCCCUUCCCCCCCAAAACACUAAACCAUUUCCCUUAACCCAGUCACCUGAUUCUAAAGGGUUUCCUACCCCAGCCCAGUGAGUCAAGGGGCUAAAACAUGUCUGGCCUCAUCUGCUGGACCAAAUCUACAGGGAGAAGCCCUGAAUGAGGUGGUCCAGGGAAUUGUCCCCAGGUUAGGGGCCAGGGGAGAGAAAGUGGUAGCCAUUUUUACAUUGUUUUGUAUAGUAUUUAUUGAUUCAGGAAACAAACACAAAAAUUCUGAAUAAAAUUACUUGGAAACUGCC